AACAUAAGCGCGACAUUAUUAAUGCUAAAGAUAAUGGUGGUAAAACAGCAUUAUAUGUGGCCACGGAGAAAAGGCACUCAGAAAUAGUUAAAUAUUUACUGAAAAUAGAAGCUGGAACUGAUGAAGAUUUUAACAAUUAUCUUUAUUUUGCUGCUAAAAAAAAUUACGAUUCUGUUGUUAAGUUACUAUUGGAAGAAGAAACAACUAGUGAAAUGGCAUUACAUCAUAUUGCAAGAAAAGAGGAUAUUAAGAUUAUUAAAUUUUUGCUAGAGCAUGGAGCAAAUUUUGACAAUAUUAUUGAUAAGAGUGGCAGAACACCACUUCACUGGGCUGCAUUUGAAUGUGAUGAAAAUACUGUAAGAUAUUUGAUAGAAAAAAAUUGUAAAUCAAUUAAUGCUAUUGACCAAAAUAAUGAAACGGCAUUAUAUGAGGCUGUGUGGAAUGGGCACACAAAGAUUGUAGAAAUUUUACUGGAUCAGGGCGCAAAUAUUAAUCAUAAAAAUACCAAAGGCUGGAAACCAUUACAUGUAGCUGCAAUUUCUUGUCAGGUUGAAGUUUUUAAGCUUUUAAGUAAAAGAGACAAAGCAGCAGUUGAUCUUCAACUAAGUAAUUUUUUUGAACAUGAUCUUCAAUUAAAUAAUUAUUCCAAAUUCAAACUUUACAAUUCUACAUUAAGGCUAAUUAAGAAAUUUCAAAAUUUAGAAAUUCAAUUUGAACUAAAAGAUAAUAGUGAUAUUGAUUUUCUUUCAUUAUAUCAGCAUUUUUUAAAUUUUAUUGAAAAUUUUGUUAAAUAUUUUGGUGAUGAAAAAGAUAAAAGAGCACUUAGUUAUCUAUAUACAUGUGCUCUUAGUAAGAUUUAUAAUCUCAAAUUUGACUCAAAGUCUAAUUUAAUAAUUGAUAUAAAUGGAUACUUUAACAUGAUAGAAAAACAUAUUGAAUUAUUGAAAGAUGAAGAAAUGAAACGCAAAACACAUGAAUUUAAAGAGGAAAUUAGAAUAAAAGUUACGGAGGCUUACAAUACCACAAAAAAAAUAAUAGAAAAUGUAGAAGAAAACAAGUUGACUUUAGAAGAAAAACAGAGCGAAUUAAAGAAUAAAUUAGUAUUAAGGCAAACAUUAGGAAUUUUAAAAAUCAUAGGCCAAACAAUAAGUGUUGCUGGUGGUCCUAUCGGAGUGGCUGGUGAUGUAAUAAAAGGAGGUGUUAAUAUAGCUGAAGCCUUUAUUUCAGAAAAAAACAAUAGUGAACCAAUUUUUACAAUUCCUUCAGAUAUAAAAGAUUCAUUAAGCAACAUGAAAAAAAUAAUUGAAGAUAAAGAAAUCAAAAAACAUGAGAUAAAAAUUGCAGAACAACAGCUAAAAAAUUUAUCACAAGAAUGUGACAAGUAUCCAGAUUUGGUUAAUAUUGAUAUAAAGAAAAAUUUAAAUGCAAUUCAGAACGCAUUAAGUAAUGUUGAUUCUACCGAAGUAGUAAAGAAAAUUAAGGAUGAAUUAGAACAAACACAGAAAAAGUUAGUAGAAUUAAAAAACAAUGAAAAUGCUACUGUCAGUCAAAGAACAGAAGCUGAAUUAGAAGUAGUACAGAAACUUAAUACUGCAAUUAAUACUACCGAAAUGGUAAUCGAGUUAUAUGAUAAAUAUAAAAAAGAUAAAGAAGAACUUGAUAUAUUAAGUAGCUCAAUUGAUCAAGCAAAAGAUGAUAUCAACAAAUUAAAACAAUACGAAGAGAAUAUUAACAAAGCUAUCAUUCCUAUGCUUCAAAGAAUGCAAGACAAUAUUAAUAAUAUAGAAAAUGAAAUAGAUCAAAAAUCACACGUUUUUCUUGAUCUAACUAAAUGGCAAGUGCAAUCUUCAUUAAAAGAUAUCAAAUAUGAAAUUCGGCAGAUCUCUAAAGGGUUCGAAAUACAAGAUGAUGUAAUCCAUUACAUGGAAAAGUUAGAUGAAGGAAUAACUACACUUAUUAAUAUAUAUGAUCGUAUACAAGACUAUUAUGAUCAAGCAAAACUUGCUAAUUAUAUUGCACAUAUUCAUUCCCCGAUAACUACUGAAAUAGAGAAUGAAGAACUAAACAUGGUUAUUAAUGAAUUAAAACGAAAAAUAAGAACCAAUAUUAUAUUAGGCCAUUUUAAAAAAGCUACAAGUGCAUUCAAGCAAUGGAUAUUUCCAUUUGCAAAGACGUAUUCAGGUGUUUUGCAUUCAUUAUCAGAUGAUAACGAUGAGAACAUUGAUAACAUUGGACAGCGAAUAAAAGAACUACAUUCGAAAGUUCAAGAACGCAAUAUAAAUACUAAUGAUGAUGAUAUUUCUCUGAUGCAUACUGACUUUAACAGUGAAAAUAAAACAUCUCGACCAUUUUUUGUGUGGGAAAAUAAUAAAUAUAGCCAACAAAUAUCACAGUUGUUAAAUGGAGAGACAGUAACUAUAAAGGCAGAUAUAAUGAAAGGCGACCCUAAUAAAACUGCAAUUAAAUUUAAUGAGAUAGGUAUUAAAUUCAAAUCAGUAGAUGAGACAAUACAAGAUGAUAUCGAUCGUGAGCUUGAAUAUUUUGAUGUUGAAAUGGUUCAUUUAGGCAACUCAUAUUAUAGAUAUGGAAAUAAGUACUACAUGAUAAUAAAUGAUAAACAAGUUAUUGAGUAUAGUUUUGAAAAAACGAAGGAUGACAGAAGCAAUCCACUUAGAAGAAAUAACGUAUAUGAUAAAAUUAAGAAGGGAGAGCUAAUGCUUAGCCCCUAUACUAUGUGGAAAAUAAAACUUGAACCUCAUGGUAGUGAUUUUAGUAAACUGAAAGAAUACGAAAAAAAAGUAAACUUGGAGUUAGUAGGGCAUGGAAAGUUUAUAAAGGGUAGGACAUCUAGCAGCGAUUCGAGUCUCAUGGUAGAAAAUUACUACAAAGAAUAUGAA